AUGGCUCGUCUGAACGAGUCAACAGCGUCGGCUGAACCGAUUGAGAUCCUAAAGAGACGGUUUGUACGACAGAAUCGCGAAAUUGCUCGAGUAAACUCAAUCCAAUCACUCCGAAUUCGGAACCUCGAGUCCGAAGUCUCCCACCUACUUUCUGAAAACGUGUCGCUGCGAGAGCAGAUCAUAACUCUGACGCAGGAUUUGGAGCGAUUUGAGGCAGCAAAAACACUUCACGACGGUGUUUAUGGCCUAAAAACUAGGCUAGACAGCAAACUAGUUGAGCUGAGCAGCCUGAUCACAGAAUUGGGUAGUCUGCCGCGGCGUUAUGCUAGAAAGUCACGGGAUGAAUCCGAACAUAUGGGAGAGAAACGGCCAAGGGAAUCAAGCAUAACUCAAAAAGUUAAAGAUGCCAAUCUCGACAGAACAUUGGAGGUUGAAGCAAAUGAGAAACUCCCCGUGAUACUAGAAGACAAGUAUUUCCCCAGGCGCACACUCAGUGCGCAAGAGUUACAAGAGCUGUCGAACAGCGACACGGAUAUUUCAAGUUCUUCUGGGUCGGAAAUCUCUGCCAAUUCUCCCAAACAAGGCGAUGAAAAUGACGAUGUAUCAAUGAAAUCACACAUAGGGUACACGGACACGAGCGCAAUGAUUGGGAACGCAGAAAAUGCACAUUCACUACCUCCCAACCUUGAAACAAGAAGAAAGAAAAGACCCGGUCCAAUUACAGCAAAUGAAGUCCAUAGUGACACAAAUUCCACAUCUCUUCUCGAUCCAAGAUUCACUCGGAAAUGUGGAGCAAAACGCAAGUUCUCAGCCGAAGACGAAGAAAGCUUUUUUGAAUCGGCCGCGGCUGAGGAUGAUGACUUUGAAUUCAACCGUCCUAUCCAAUCACCAGUGAGGUUGUCUGCGCAAAAUAAUUCUCCAGUUAAAAAGAAUACUGGGUUAAAAGAGGCAGUUUUGAGCCACAUACAACCUAAACGGAAAGUGCUCGAACCAAAAAGCACGAAUAGCACCAUAAUUUCGCCAACCAAACCAAGUACUACGAAGAAUCGGGACAAAUAUCAAACCCCUACGAUCGUCGGGGGAAACGAGAACUCGAUCCCACAACAAUCCAAAGGUGGCCAGGGCCGCGGCGAAUGUUCAACCCCGAAGAAACCUAGCACACCUAUCACCGGUAGCGACAGGGGAAUGAAUUAUAAUAGGCAGGAGAUGAAGACUGAAGUGAGAAGAGACAACAUGCAAUUUCACGAUAUCCAACAACCCGACGUUCCCGCAACUCCAGAUAUGCCUAAUGCUCGGCCGUCAAGGCGACGCGGCGCAGUUGUUAGCUAUGCCGAACCAAACUUACGGGAUAAGAUGAGGAGAUCGACGAACGAACUUGGACCAGCUGUCAGUGGGGAUAGGUCGCGAAAAUCCGGUUCACAUACAGACUCGAGUUGGGAACCCCAUGAAGAGCCUAGUAAUAAAAGCAGCUCUGUAAAGAAGGCUCGGGGUUCCAAAGUCGCAAAUCAAGAGCAUGAUUUAGUCGGCGACAAAACACCUGGCGAACAUUUGGAGCGAAAUCUGAAUGCUAGUCCGGAAAAGAAGCGCCAAUCCUCGGCACGACAUAAUGAUGGCGGAAGAGAAGACGCGGAAAGUCAAUUUCAGGAGCCAUAUGUACGAGGCGAAAAAGAACUGGAGGACCAAUUCGGCAGUAUGUCAAAUCGAGAGGAAAUUGUUCAAAACAAGCGCCUGCUUUCUGUACACGGCAAACCGGAUGUCUCCAUGGACGUGAACCAGGCAGCAUUAGUCACAACCCGAAAGUCCCGAAGACAUUCUUCAAACACCAAGUCUUCCGGGCGAAACACCGUGCCGAGAUAUUGCACCAGUGUCAUAAAUGCAGAAAGCCUAUACAAUGAUUUGGUUACGAGUUAUUCAGGCUCGGGCAGCUCAAAUAACGAGCUCUCCAUGUUUCCUACGAAGGCCGAUACCUUCAAUACCAAUGAUCCACAGGAGAACCCUAGCACAUUGUCCUUGGUGGGUUCCACGGCAACAGGACGAGGCCAACGAAUUGCUGCUAGGCGGAGAAGUAUGGUCUUAUAA